GAUUAAUCCACAAAAAACCCUAAUAACCAAUUAUUAUAUACACAACUAAUUAAUCCCUCUGCAUUUUUGUUUAUUAUGGAUGCAUCUCCCAAGUACACAGGUGUAAGGAAGAGGAAGUGGGGAAAAUGGGUGGCUGAGAUUCGUCUCCCAAACAGCCGCGAGAGGAUCUGGCUCGGCUCCUUCGACUCAGCUGAGAAAGCGGCGCGUGCUUUCGACGCUGCUCUUUACUGUCUCCGCGGCACCGAGGCGCGUUUUAACUUCCCGGAUAAUCCGCCGGAGAUACCCGGCGGACGUUCCCUGACGCCGCAGGAGAUUCAGGUGGCAGCCAACCGUUUCGCUAAAGAGGAACUAUUACCACCUAAUCUGCAACAACGAUUAACGUCGCCACGUGGCGAUAACUCGGAGGAAGGAGGAGGAAUUUCGGCACGUGGGGAAAUUAGUGGUGGGCCAACGUUAGGAGAAGUUGGUGAAUAUAAUAAUUAUUACAACAACGAAAAUAAUAGUGGCAAUGGUAAUGAUAAUUGGCCGUUUCUAUGGGAAGAGAAUCUUCUGGUUCCUAGUAUGUCGGAAGAGUAUGGUACCUUAUACAUGGAGGAUUCGUCACAACAACAACAAGAACAUGAGCUCUCGUCUGAUUUUUACUACGAUGGAGCUUAUGUUGUUGAAGAUGACUUUUCUCAUUACAAUAUUAAUCUUUGGAACUUCUGAGAUCCAUUUUUUAGAAGCGAUCUUGGACUGAAUAUUCCAUCACUACUGAAGGUGACUCAUUAAGCUACUAGCCACUUAUUAGUUUCGUUUAGUGGCUAUAAUUCAUCUUCCUGUUCUUUUUUUUUUUUUGAACAACGUUCAUCUUCCUGUUCUGUUUAUUUAUUUAUUUAUUAUAAUUUAUAAAUAAAUUUAUUGUAUAUGUUUAUAUAUUAUGCUUUCUUUUACAUUGCACGUCAUUUUCACUUUUUUUCCUUGCAUUUUGUUUGUUAACAAGCCAAUAUUGACUCCUAUUGUGUUGGUCAUGGAUGUUUUCAAAGUUUAUAAAUACGGUUUCAUAUAUGUGUAUUU